CUUGAUUAGAUUCCAUUUUGCAUGUCCUCACGUGCCAUAGGGGCAUCGCAUUUGGCUGGACAGACCUGGAUUCACCACCUGAAGAGCACAUCAAGCGACAUGGACGAAGCCAUGUGGACAAGUAUCCCAUCCUCCGGGGUACCCAAGGAGGACUCGGUGUGGAGUCGACUUCCAAGCCGCGACGUAAUCCACGACAAGCUUAUCAACUCAAUUCCGUCGCGAGAAACGAUGUGGAGCGGGAUUAACGCUGUUCCUGGCGCGGUGGCUGCCACGCCAGCAUGUAUUGCCGGUGCGUUCGGCAAUUGCUUCAGUCGCGUGCGACGGAUGCAGUUCGACCAAGACCAGAAACGUUCCCUCUUAAGCAACUUGUACCACGACGACUCACGGGUCAACAUCCGCGACGCUGAAGUCGAAAAUGCCACGUUGGAGUUGCGUCGUCGCAUUCAAAAAGCAGAGUACGAGAAGCAUCGACGCAUGGAAGUGGACGACGACAUAAAACAGCUCAAGGGGAAGAAGAAGGCCAAGGACGUUGCGCCGAGCAACCAAGACGGGCUCGACGACGACGAAAGCAACAACCCGGUUGACGAUGAUCCUGAAUGCACGACGGCGCUGAAAGCCUCCGACAUCCGAAAGAUGUCGGUGGACGAGCUCUUGAGUCUCGAUGGGUCGAACAACCAGACAGAGGGGACAGUGUCGUCGCUGGAAGGCGGUCGGCUGCGCAAGUGGCUAGCAGAGAUCGAUGGCCACAAGAGCAUGGAGUACUUAAGCUACGCGAGCAGCUUUGAGACCCAAGGCUUCCACUCGAUCAAGGACCUGGGUCUGUUGGACGAAGAAGACGUCGACCGAGCACUCACAGAGAUCGGCGUCAACAAGUUCGCUCACCGCGCCCGACUCCGCAAGGCCAUUUUGCGGCUCAGUCAUGUGCCAUGACUUUUGAAAACAUGACGAGUUUUGAUACGUUUCGUCGGAUGGUUGCCUGUUGUAAAUUAUAGCAAGAAUGCAGAAGAACGAAUCACCGCAAGCCAAUCAUUCCAAGAUCAAUAAGCGUCGCACUGAAAGGGCAAUCAAUGUUUGGCGAAACAAAUGAAAGCUCUGGAUUUACAGUAUGUGGUGACCUAUUUUAUCGCAUAUCUAUCUUGCCAUCAAAUUGUGAAUCCCGAAUCGACGGUAUUCGCUAACGUAAAAAACCAAUAUAUGGCCCGAAAAUCGACC